GAAAAUAAAAUACUUUCUCAGUUUAUUAGUUAACAUGAAGUUACAUUUAUCAAAGUUAUUUUACUACUUUUAAAUCUUUCAUUCGAAGAAUUAUUUAAAAAAAUAUGGAAGUAAUUCAUCAAUCUUUACGACAGCAAACAUUACAGACUACAGUAGAGGAUCUUCCUGAUGAAGUUUUGGAGUUUAUUAUAGGAUUUUUACCACCUUAUAAAGAUUUGGAAAGCUGUAUGUCUGUUUGUAAAAGGUGGUACAACUGCGGACAAAAUGUAAUGAGAAAAACAUCACUUAAAUUAAUCAAAGCUGUAGGAGAAUUCAAUAUAUUAUGGAAAAAUAUAGCACCAACAGAUAUGACACCUACUAUAACAAAAAGAUUUUCACAUGCAGCAUGUGUUCUGGAAAACAGUAUGUAUAUUUUUGGUGGAUGCACUACUAAUGCUACUUCAUUUAAUGACCUGUGGCGCUUUGAUUUAUCUGACCGGCAGUGGAUAAGACCGUUAGCCACUGGAACAUAUCCUGUACCUAAAGCCUACACUUCUAUGGUACAUUACCAGGACUAUUUAAUUGUAUUUGGUGGAUGGACAUAUCCUUCACUAUCACAAUACUAUCAAACUGUAACUAUGUUUAAUGAAAUCCACUUUUAUUGUGUGAAUACUAAUAAAUGGAUGUUGAUAAAUACACAUAAUUCUCCACCUCCAAUGGCAGGCCAUUCUGCAUGUAUCAAAGGUGAUGAAAUGGUUGUUUUUGGUGGACUAGUUAUGUCAGCUGCACAAAAUUAUCAAAUACAAUGUUCUAAUGAUGUAUGGGUUCUAGACAUACCUAAUGUAUCUUGGAGAAAACAAGUAACCACUAAACCUAGACCGUCACCGAGGUAUGCCCAAUCUCUUUUACAUUUGGAUUCUGAAAGGUUAUUGUUGUUAGGUGGAGUGCAAACAUUACAAAAUCGCUUUGUGUAUAGUGAUUGUUGGAUCUUGACUAUGAAGGGCCCUACUUGGACAUGGAAAGAACUUGCUGUAAAAAAUAAAGAAUGGGCUUCAGCAAAUAUUUGGUGUAACCCAGCAUGCAGAGUAGGCGAUAAGGUUGUUAGUUUAAGCAGAAGCAGGAAUGGAUGGAAUUGUGCUAAACCAUUAGUUACUUCUGCAGUAAGGUUAUCUGCUCUUAAUAGACAUGAAGGUGCUCCUGUGUCAGUGAGGGUUCAGCAAAGUCUACAAAGACCUUUAGAUAGAGAUCAGAAUAUAAAUGGAAAGAGAGGAGUGUUACCCAGACAGCAUCCUAUAAAUUCGGCAAGACGAGUUCAAGUAAAUUCAAAUAAUGAACCAGUAGCUGGACCUAGCUGUGAAAGGAAAGAAACACAGAAUGUUAUUACUUCAAAAGAAAAUACUGAAAAUAGUAAUCCAUCAGCUGGUCCUAGUUCUGAACCACAUCAAUCAGGAAAGGGGCUAGAUUUAGGAAAAUUAGAUACAGGUUUGAGAAGGCAAUAUAAGAAGAUAAAAAUAGUUCGUCAAUUACAAGAAGGAAAUAAAUACAGAAUGGCAGCAUUUGCAUGUGACCCACCUCCAGAUGCAUCUCCUCCAGAUGAUCUCAUUUUGCAGCGGCAAAUUGGACAUUUAGAAAAUAGAAGGGAACCUGAACCACCUGAUAAUCAGCAACAAAGACAGCCAGAUGUAAAAAAAAUAAAAAGAAAUACCUUAGCAAUGCAUGUGUUAGAUAUAUCCAGUAUUCUUGAUGGAAACUCACUUAAUUAUGUAUCAUGGCUCUGUCCUAGAUUAGGAGAGAUGAAUGGAGCACCUGAAGAGUUAGUUAUGUAUUCCUUAGUGAAGGGCAAUGGAGAAUUAAUAAUGUUUGGGGGAGUUCACAAUGAUAUCAGUAUUUUAAAUUACUCUGAACAGCCAAGUAUGUAUUCAAAUUCAUUGCAUUUUAUCACUCCUCCUAGAGACAUUAUAUGAAUUAGUUAAAAAAAACUUAGUUAAUUUGCAAUUUUAUAAGUAUGUAAAUAAAAUAACAAAAAGUUCCAUAAUGUCCAUGACGAACCAAUAAUUUUAUUUACUGAACCACUUUCAUUGAUGAUCUAAUAAUUCUGUA